AUGAAGUACUUGGGUGCCUACAUGCUUGCGGUGCUCGGCGGAAACGCCUCACCAUCCGGUGAUGACAUCAAGAAGAUCCUCUCUUCUGCCGGUGUCGACAUCGACGACACUGUUCUUUCAAGGGUCUUGGGCGAGCUAGAAGGCAAGGAUGUCAUGCAGGUGAUCGAGGAGGGUAAGAGCAAGCUUUCAUCCGUUCCGUCAGGCGGCGCUGCGGCCGGCGCUACCGGAGGCGCUGCCGCCGAAGAUGCCCCAGCCGCUGAGGAGGAAAAGGAGGAGUCCGAAGAAGAAGAGGAGGAGAUGGAUUUCGAUCUCUUCGAUUAAGCUCCCUUCGAGUAGCUCGCGUUUUGGAGGAGUUCUUGCUUUCGACGCUUUCGCCUGCGACGUUGUUGCCGUUCUUGUCAACUGUGUGCGUUGAGAGGCUCUGGCUAGUUGAGAACGUGCGUCGGGGCUGCCUUGUCCCGCGUGUGCUGUCGAUAUUCACUUUGAAUAGCGUGGAGUUGCGUACGCGUUGGCGCCUUGCGCACUUCGUCGUAGCUUGUGUAUGUAAAUGCGAAACGUUUCUAAAGUCCGUGCCUCACCUAUGGCCUUCUACUUGAUUUCACUCCCCACGUCUACUGCAUCAUUGCCCGUAGUUACAGACUCAGAAUAUAGCGCAUCUACACUAGGAUCGGGUCCGAGUUACUGCGGUCACGGUCGUAUCUUUACAUCUCAGUGCCUGCAGUUAAAGCCCCCCGUUCGGACUGAUUGCUA